UCUACGCCACACGCGACUUUUUGGUGUACAGAGCUCAUUCCUUCUUCCAUGGCUUCUUCACCAUCUCUCGUUCCUAAUUCCUCCGUUUGAAAAUCGAAUCCCCAAGAACAAUUGAAUUUGCUUCCCGUUCAUGGACCAAGAGUAUCGCAGCCCUAGAUCGUCGGUGCACCACCAGCAUCAACAUCAAAUGAGGACGACGGUUCCUCCACCGCCGUCUCCUCAUCCUUCGCCUCCGGUUCCUUCACAUGCGGAAAGUGAUCAGAGCACAUCGGAGCUUCGUGCUCUCGAUUGCAACCUCACUUCCUUGUGCGAUCAUAUUCAAUCCGAAGGUUUCGGCUCCGGCUCAUUCUCCGAUGUUGUUGUCAAGGCCAUGGGGUCCACCUACCAUCUCCACCGACUCAUUCUCUCUCGCAGCUCCUACUUCAGGACGAUGCUCCAAGGACCGUGGAAAGAAGCAAGCUCUCCGGUUGUGAACUUACUUGUGGAUGAUAAAAAUGUUAACGGAGAUGCAAUCUCUGUUGCUUUGGCUUAUCUCUAUGGGCAUCAUCCCAAGCUUGAUGAUGAUAAUGCCUUCCGCGUUUUAGCUGCAGCUUCGUUUCUCGACCUUCAGGGUUUGUGUGCAAUAUGCACUGAUUUUAUUAUUUCAGAGCUGAGGACUUCAAACUUCUUGGCGUAUCAGGUGUUUGCAGAGAGCCAAGACUAUGGUAUACAUGGAGAACGUGUGAAGAAUGCGUGUUGGGGUUAUCUCUGUCAAAGUGGUGCUGUGGAACUUAGAGAGAUGCUGCCAAAACUCUCUGCACAGACUCUAUGUGCAUUGCUGACAUCUGAUGAACUAUGGGUCCCUAGUGAAGAAAAACGGUUUGAACUGGCUUUGUACGCCUUCAUCGCGAAUGGUGCUCCUUCCAACUCUGAACAUUCCAGUCAGCAUUCGUGUUUUGAGAGAGGGACAAGCUUUCCUACAGAUUCUGUUGUGUCGUCGAAGGGGAAAAAUGUUGUGGAUGAAUUCUCUUUUAGGAGUUUGGACCGUAAGCUAGGUCGUUUGGAUUUGGAAGAUGACCUAAGGGAUGCUAGUGAUGAUUUGAGUGUUCCACUCGCAGAAGGUGUAACUGAUUUCCAAAAAGGAGUUUUUGGUUCGAACCUCGUGUUUCAACAAUCUGCAAACUCACAGACAAGUUUUGUUGAUAAGACAGAAGGUAGUGGGGUGACAACUAAAGGACCUUCUGAAGAAGCAUAUCAUUUGAGUAAUGAUAGUUGGUUAUCUGGCGCAGAUUCUAGACAUUGCCCUGUCUCGGGUGUAGCCAAUGACUGGAGAAACGGUGGUGUUUCUGCUCUUACCUGGGGUGGACGGGUUGUGGGGAAGAAGCAGGUUACAUGCUGUCUUAAAGGAAAAUGGGGAUUAACUGAGGAAGAAUACAAUGCAUUUGUGAAUACUUUUGAAGGUGGUUCACUUCUGUAUUGCAAUAUGUCUUUUGAAGUGCUUCUGAAUGCAAGAAAACAACUUGAAGAGUUGGGUUUUCCUUGUAAAGCUGUGAACGAUGGCCUUUGGUUGCAGAUGCUUCUCAGUCAGAGGGUGCAGGAAGUUGCUGCCAACACUUGCAAAAAAUGUUGCCUCAUCAGUAUUGCAUGCGCAUGUAAACAGGGAUUUGGGCUUUCGCAUGGUGCACCCUUCAACAAUUAUUAUUGCCAAGACAAUGUUCAGAACAAUAUGAUGGGAGGCAUUGAAACCAUGUAUGUGACGGAGUCUUCUCAAGCUGAAGAAAAUGGCAUCUUUAAGCCUGUCAGGAUCAGUGUUAGAGGACAGCAUAUUGAUGGACUUGCCGGCAUUGGAUGCGAAGCCACAUUUGUACCACCACCUGCUUGGCCUCCUACACCUUUUGUGUACUCUCGGGUCCCCAUUAACAGAAAUGGCCAGCCACCUCUAGCCAGUGAUGGCUCUGAAGGUAGAAUCGGUCAAAGUGAAGAAAAUUUAAAAGAUGGCUUGACAGCUCUAGUUGGGCUGAGCCAAGGGACGAGCGGUGUUGGUAAUUAUACUCGUGGAGAUCAAAACGAGGGAGGGCACAGCAGUGGAUCGACUGUUGGAAUGUCAGAACCAAAGGAACAUUUAGUAGGGAUUGAGCGGGAGAACGCGAGUUGUACCAUAUCACUUGAUACAAGGACACCUUUGUGUCACUUUCCUCCAUUUCGUUUCGGAGUUGAAUUUGACGAUGUCCAUAGACUAGCUAAUGGUCAUGUGGAGCAUUCUCCUGAAUUCUUCUAUGCUGGUUCUCUGUGGAAGAUUAGCAUUCAGGCGUUUAAUGAUGAAGACCCUCAAGGACGCCGAACUAUUGGUUUGUUUCUUCACCGUCGUAAAGCAGAGAUAGUGGACUCACUAAGGAAGGUCCACGUCUACAUAGAUCCUCGUGACAAAGUGACUGCACGUUACCAGCUGGUCUGCCCGUCGAAAAGAGAAGUGAUGUUGUUCGGGGAUUUCAAGCAGAGAGGAACUUUGUUGCCCAAAGCUCCCAAAGGUUGGGGAUGGCGUACUGCACUGCCCUUCGAUGAGCUCUCUGAACUUCUCCAAAAUGGGGCUCUAAGAGUCGCAGCUGUGGUUCAGCUCGUCUGAGAAUCAUUUUUUAAGUAUUAUAUGCAUUUUAGAAGUUGUAAAACAAAAUUUUUAUUUUUGAAGUCAUUUAAUGAUAUAUUAAUAAUGAUAUAUUACUUAGUUAAACUAUGAUUGUGUUUUCUUGUAUAGUUUUUAUACCAUAAAACAUAAGUCAGUUAAAAAUUA